CGCAGUGCGGCCCACAAAGUGCUCUUAAACUGCUCACUUCGACGCUGGACACUAUCCCUCGUCAGUCAGUCAUGACUCCACAGCUCAGACCGGUGGCCCCGCCGCACGUCCUCACCAUCGCCGGCUCCGACUCUGGCGGCGGCGCCGGUAUCCAGGCCGACAUCAAGACCGCGUCCGCUCUCGGCUGCUAUGGUAGCAGCGUGAUCACGGCGCUCACGGCACAGAACACGCUUGGCGUGCAGGGCGUGCACGUUGUGCCCCCCGAGUUUGUCGUCGAGCAGCUCAAGUCGCUCUUCGCAGAUGACUUGGUCCCCAGCGCCGCGAAGCUCGGCAUGCUCGCCUCGCCCGAGACCAUCACCGCCCUCGGGGCGUACCUCGCGUCCCUCACGUCGCGCCCGUACCUCGUGCUGGACCCCGUGAUGAUCUCGACCUCGGGCCACGAGCUGCUGGCGCACAGCGCUGCCGACGCGCUUCUCUCUGACCUCCUUCCUCUCGUCGACCUCGUCACGCCCAAUAUUCCCGAGGCCGGCGUGUUGAUGGGCACCCGCCCGUCGCCCACGACCCUCGAGGACGUGAUCGCCCUCGCGCGCGAGCUGCACCCCGCGCUCAAGGGCCCCGCGCUGCUGCUCAAGGGUGGACACCUCCCCGUGUCCCGCGACGCUGUGGUCAAGUUCAUCGAGAAAGAGAAGAUCGAGGCUGUGUGGCUUGCUCCGCCCCCCAUUGCUGUCAUUGCAGACUACCGCGAGGUCAUCGGACUACCGGAAGAAAAGCCGGACGUCGUCGUCGACGUCCUCCUCGACGGCGGUAUCACGCUCUUUGUCGGGCCGUGUGUCGAUACCUCCUCCACCCACGGAACGGGAUGUACCCUCUCCGCCGCGCUCGCGUCAUGCUACGCCCUCGAGGCGUCCAUGGCUAAUGGGGACAAGGCUGGGGCGCCGCGCCGCAUCUCGCAUGACGCGGUGCGCCGCGCGAUCAAGUACACGCAGACUGCGAUCGCGACCGCGCCCAAGCUGGGCCGUGGCCACGGGCCACUGAACCACGGGCACUGUGCGAUGCAGCGUGUGAUUCCAGCCCCCUCCAUCCACGACCCUACCCCGUUCACCUCAUACCUCAUUGCCAACGCGUCUGAGUGGGACGCGUACGUCAAGCACCCCUUCGUCAUCGCGCUGGGCAAGGGCACGCUGUCGCACGAAGCUUUCGCCCACUACAUUGCCCAGGAUUACCACUACCUGCGGCACUAUGCGCGUGCCCACGCCGCAGGUGCCGCCAAGGCUGACGACAUGGCUACGAUCCGCGCGCUCGCCGAUAUUGCUCUGCAUGUUGCCAAGGAGAGCGAGAUGCACGUGGAGUUCUGCGCUUCUUUCGGCAUCACACGCGCGGCCCUCGAAGCACUCCCCGAAGCCGCCACGACUUCCGCAUACGGCCGCUACGUCCUUGACGUCGCGCUCUCAGGCGACAUCUUGGACGUGCUCGUCGCAGUCCUCUCCUGCCUGAUCGGGUACGGCGAGGUAGGCCUGUGGCUCCGCAAGCAGGUUGCGGCCGGCGAGGCUGUGCUCGAAGGCAACCCCUACAGGCGGUGGAUGGAGGACUACGCCGGCGACGACUUCAUCGGUGCCGUGCGCCGCGGCAUCGCGACGCUCGAGGAGCGAGUUGUGCGCGAGAUGCCCAGCGCGCCAAAGGUCGAGCGGCUUGUCCAGAUCUUCGCCGAAAGCACGCGGCUCGAAAAGGCGUUCUGGCAGAUGGGUCUGGACCAGAGCUGGUAAAGCCAUCGUUUUGCUGAAGCCACCGUCUCGCACCGCCGGUACGGCGAAACAGCAUCGAUAUCUCCAUAUAGACCUAUGCAUAGACUUUCGAAGGCC